AUGCCUCUGGACAAACGGAAGAGGUUUUGCUUUGAGGAGCCUCCACUCAGCAUCGCCGUGACCUUCACGGUGUCCUGGCUCUACCUCCACCUCCCAAAGAUGACUUUCCUCCAAGGCCAGUGUGAGGACGACUGCUACUCCUCCUCCUGCAACUACGGGGGCCUCUACGGCUACCGGGGCUACGACUGUGGUAGCCCCUGUGGCUACCGGGGCUUGGGGAGCCUCUACGGCUCCCGCGGCCUCUACGGCUUCGGGGACCGCUACGGCUUCGGGGACCGCUACGGCAGCUUGUACGGCUACCGGGGCAUCUUCGGCUCCGGGGACUGCUACAGCUCCGGGGGGCUCUACGGCGGCUACCGGGGCUUCUUCGGCUCUGGGGACUGCUCUGGAUACCCCGGGUUCUACUCCGGCCGCUACGGGUUCCCCUUGGGCCGCUACGGCCAGAGGUUCGGCCAUGGUGGCUGCUACAGCUUCUAG